AACUUCCCGGCCGUCCUGCGGCCGAGCACAGGCCUGUCUCUGUUCCGCUCGCGCAGAUAAGGCGCGGAGCGAUAUCGUCUGGCCAACGACGCUGACGGUGCCUGAGAACCGGCGGUGCCCGGUGUCGGGCACUCGAACCGCCGCCACCCGCGCGACACGACGUCGUCGACGACUCUCGCCGCCCCGCGACUGGAAACACGAGACGAUCCCGAGAAACGGUCCAACGACGUAAGCGAAAAGUUGCACGUCGCGAGCGCGCGUGCUGCGUACGCCCGGUCAGAGGGUCUCAGUUCUUCCCGCCGCUUCGAAUCGAGUGGUUACGAUCGACGCCAUCGACUGGUCGACGGUUCCUUUGAACCGCUGGACCGAACACGAGAGGAUUCCAGUGGAUUCCGAUUGGCGCGACACGCCGACGCUCUCGCAGACAGGAAUUAGCCGUCCAACGCCUCCACCGUUGCACGGAUCUAUCGAGAAUCUCCCGUUCAGAGACACGUUUCAGGCCUCGCCGGAUUGCGGCGCACUUCCGAUCGAUCGUGAGAACGAGAAAGCUCUCGAGGGUCUGCCCGUGCUCGUUGGAACGAGGUGGAACUUCGGGGAAUCGUUGCGAGUAACUGGGUUCGGAAGUCGAGAUCUCGUUGGUCGAGGCUGCGCCCAGUGACGAAUGCCGGUAAAGGGAGAGAGGAGACAGGUCCCUUUAGCAUGGUGUCCUGUUCCUGAGAGCUCAGGGCCCUCUUACCAGGGAUUCUUCGGGUUGUAAAUUGGAUUAUCUAAAUGAGAUGCUGCGCUCGCCGUACCGUCUUCGUCUGUAUCUGGCCGGCGAGAUCGCGCUCCGAUUAUGAUGUGAGCCUGUGAAGGUGGAAUCCCCGAGAAGCGCGAGGUCCUCGCAAUGGAGGCGGGACCGAAGCAACAACAACAGCAGCAGCAGCAACCGCAGCAACAACAGCAGCAGCCACAGCAGCAACAGCAGCAACCGCAGCAACCGCAGUCGCAACAGCAGCAGCAGCAGCAGCAGCAGCAGCAGAAUUCGUCGCCAGCCGGCACGGGACAGUCCCCUACGAGCCAGGCAACGAGUCCGCAGGCCGGCCAGGCUCAAGGCCACGCUCAAGGUCAGCAGAAUCAAGAUGCGGCUGCAGUCGCGGAGGCCGGCCCGGUCGAGGAGGGAGUCCUCCUCGCCAGGGUGCACGUCCCGGAGCUGUACGUCAGCAAGUGUCUCCAGUUCCCCAAGGAUCAGCUCGUCUGGGACGUGAAGCAGCAAUGCCUGGCAUCCUUGCCCAAGGUGGCCACUUGGUACAGGGAGCUGAAGGAAAGCUUCAAUUACGGGCUGUUCUGCCCGCCCGUGAAUGGAAAAGCCGGAAAAUUCUUGGACGAGGAACGCCGCCUCGGCGAUUAUCCCUUCAAUGGACCCGUUGGCUACUUGGAGCUCAAGUACAAGAGACGGGUCUACAAGAUGCUGCACCUCGACGAGAAACAGCUGAAGGCGAUGCACACCCGGACGAACCUGCGGAGGUUGCUGGAGUACGUGGCGAACAGCCAGGUCGAGAAGAUCGCGAAGAUGUGCAGCAAGGGUCUGGAUCCUAACUUCCACUGUCAGGAGACUGGAGAGACUCCGUUGACCUUGGCCACGACCCUGAAGAAACCGUCGAAGGUGAUCAUAGCGUUGGUGAACGGCGGAGCGUUGCUCGACUAUCGGACGAAGGAGGGCCUGACGGCGAUGCACCGGGCGGUGGAGAGGAACAGCCUGGAGGCCGUGAAGACGCUACUGGAGCUCGGCGCCAGCCCGAAUUACAAAGACACCAAGGGACUGACGCCGCUGUACUACAGCGUCAUCUACAAAACCGACCCGAUGCUGUGCGAGACGUUGCUGCACGAUCACGCGACGAUCGGCGCCCAGGACUUGCAGGGCUGGCAGGAAGUGCAUCAGGCCUGCCGCAACAACCUGGUCCAGCACCUGGAUCACUUGCUGUUCUACGGUGCCGACAUGAACGCGCGUAACGCGUCCGGGAACACGCCGUUGCACGUAUGUGCGGUGAACAACACGGACGCCUCCUGCAUACGGCAGUUGCUGUUCAGGGGCGCCCAAAAGGACAGCCUGAACUACGCGAACCAAACGCCGUACCAAGUGGCCGUGAUCGCCGGAAACAUGGAGCUGGCCGAGGUCAUCAAGAACUAUCAGCCGGAGGAAGUCGUACCGUUUAAAGGGCCGCCACGCUACAACCCGAAACGGCGCUCGGUGGCGUUCGCCGGCACCUCGACGAUGACCACGAGCUGCUCGGCCAGUAACUUGGGCACCCUGACCAGGAUACCGUCCGCGGAGCAACAGCACGUGCCCAGCUUAGCCGGCGGGUCUGGCGGCGGCAGCCUGACCAGAACGAUCUCGGUGGAGCAGUACACGAGCGGCGUCAACGCGGUCACGAGAGUGCCGUCCGCGGAGCAAUACGCGGCCGGCACCCUGACCAGAGUACCGUCCACGGAACAUCAGUAUCCAUCCACCGGCACCCUGAACAGAGUACCGUCCGGCGAGCAAUACGCGAGCCCGAUCGCGACCGCGACAGGAACGCUCGCCAGGGUCUCCUCGUCCUCGUCUUCGUCCUCGUCCGCAUCCUCGACCUCGUCCUCCUCCUCGUCCGGGGAGCAAUACUCCGCGGCGACCGGAACGCUCACCAGAGUACCGUCCACCGAGCAAUACCCGACCGGUACGCUGACCAGAGUGCCGUCCACCGAGCAGUACCCGAGCAGGACACUGCCCGGCGAGCAGUACGCUGGGAUCGCGAGCGGUAUCGCGAGGACGGCUAAGGACUCGCAUCACCACGGCAGCCUAGGCCGAGUACCGUCCAUCGAAGCGACCCGAAACGAGCUACAGAGAAUACCGUCCGAGCAGACCGCCAGACCCGAGCAGAACGGACACCGGAUCCCGUCGGACUACCAGAGCCCGAAUUCCAUGAGGGAUCCAAACGCGAGAUUACCAGCCGCCGCGGAGAACUAUCAGAACAUAAGAAUGGAGGGACUGACGAGGCUGCAAGAGCACCGGCUUGAGCUGCAACAGCGUCUCGACAUGCACAGAACGAUGGAGAUGCCGCCGUCGCCGUCGCCGAGCAGCAGAAGUCUAGCUCCUUUCAGCUCGGCUAGCUCGAGCCUGUCCGAAGGCAGCAAUCAACCGUCCGGCGAAGAUUCCGCCAGCAUCGUCACAGACAAGAGUCUCGGCGACACAGCCUCCGACGUGAUCAGCGACAGUUCCGGCGUAGGAACCUCGCAGUCGGACACGACCAAUUCCCUCUCGAUCCCCGGGACCACCGUCGUUUGCGUCGAGAGCUACAACAGCGGGAUCCUGGGACACCUGAGCAUCAAUCAAGGGGACAUCCUCGAAGUCACGGGCGCCACCGAUUGCGGCCUGCUCGAGGGUGUUCUUCGGGGACAGGGCACGGGCCUGUUUCCCGCGCACUGCGUGCAGGAAGUCAGGCUCCGGCACACGAACAUCCCGUUGGGCCCGCAGCCGGCCAGGGACGGGCGGAACAGAGUGCUGGGACGCAGGGAAUCGCAGCAUAAGUAUUUCGCGACCGCCCCUAGGUUGAAGAAACCAGUGACUUCGGAGCCCCGCACCGUGGUAUUGCACCGCUCAAGAAAAGGUUUCGGGUUCGUGUUGCGAGGCGCCAAAGCGACCUCGCCUUUGAUGGAGCUGACGCCGUCGGCCAGGUACCCCGCCUUACAGUACCUGGACGACGUCGAUCAAGGAGGAGUGGCCGAUCUGGCUGGUCUUCGGAAAGGAGACUUCCUCAUUCAAAUCAACGGCGAGGACGUGACGACGGCCUCCCACGAGCACGUGGUCGAUCUGAUCAGAAAGUCCGGCGAGCUGGUCAGGAUGACCGUGGUCUCGCCGGUGAUCAGCCUACCGAAUUCGCAAUCGGCAGCCAUUUUGCCAACUAGUCAACCCAUUCAGAGACAGUACGCCACCCUGCCGCGUAAAGGUAACAACAACGUGGUGAUCGGCGGCACGCUCGGCAGAUCGCCGGCGCCUAUGCCACCCCGAAGAGAUCCGAAGACGACGCUGAGCGUUGGUCGAGCGCGAGCCAGAUCGAUGGUCGCAGGAUUAGAAGGAGGUGGCGAGAGGGACGAUCGCGACGAGAUAACGUCGACCGGGGCCAAAUCGAGUAGCGCGGAGUCGAUACACCUUCCCCAGCAGCCAUCCACCGGGCCGAACACCGGGCAGAACACGCCUGUGCAGCCGAGAACGGCCAGUAUCCGAUCGAGACCGACCUCCAGCAGGAUCACUGCCGCGGAACUGGAGGAACUAUUUCAGCGGCAGCAAGGUAGCACCAGUGGUCAGUACAGCUCGUCCAUGAUGAGCUCUCACUUUCAGACUGGUCAAGCUACCAAGUCGCAUCCCUCCUCGCCCGCCAAGACCGGCAGGGUAUACGCGAGCGUAGCGGAAAUGAAACGCAAAGGCAAAUCAAACUCGAGAGUGCGUUUCUUCGGAGGAUUGGGCGGUGGCUCCGACCUGCACAGAGAUUUCCAUAGCACGCCGGAUCUGAACGUGCAGGUGCAGUCGUCGAUUUUAGCGCCGAAAGGGCAUAGGAGCCAGGAGGACGUGAACGCGAUGAACGGCAGAAACGGACUUCCACCACCGAACCAUCCGCCGCCACCUCCGCCGGUCGGCCAAGUCGUCAAAGUGAACGUAGGCGCCAACGUGCCGGACGUGGUUACACCGGCUUCAGUGUACGAUAACAUGGCUCACAUACAGCAAGUCAAAGAACUGGCAGCCGCGUCAACGGACGGUGGUUACGGCGUGAUGUCAAGUUUCCGGCCAUCGAACAGCGCGAAGCUGUACGCUUCGCCGGAGGACAUGAAGACGGUAGGGUACCGUUCCCGCAGCUUGCCGGCGCACACGACCCGCUGCCACGUUAGAAAGUCCCACAGCCUGCGCACCACGAACAACACGACGUUCAAACCCCUGAACAACCAGCAGAACGCGAACAACACGGUCGCCGCGAACAACCAGGUGAACAGCAGCCAGUCGGCGAACAACCAGUACGCGCAACCGUUAAAGACGAACAGAAGCCACAGCACCGCCGGGAUCAGGGAGCGAAAGAAGAAGGGUAUCGCGACCAGCGCGUCCAUCACGAACCUCUCGUCGCUGUCGAACAACACCGGGACGAACGUGCCGGCCACGGCGCCGCCGAUCCCGGAGCCGGACUACAGUCUGUCCGAGUCGGAGAACGACGAAGGCGAAGAGGAGACCGACGACGACGGCGAAUCGGAGAUCGCGAAGGAGCUAGAGAAAGCCGCGGCGCGGGAGAAGCUGGAGUCGACCAGAGAAACCUCGGGCAACUCGAACACUUCCGGCUCGAGCUCGUCCGGCAGCAGUUCGUUGCCGCACUCGUUCAGCGUCGACGAGAUCCAGAAAGUCCGGACGCAGCUGAAGUCGUCGAAAAGCCAUCCCAACGACUUCCUGCUGCAGCAGACCGGCUCGCUCGCCGAGGACGGCGACAACAGCUCGAGCGGAGUCAGCUCCGAUCAGGAUGUACCGGUCGGCCCGCCGACCGGUUUCGACGACACGGCCGCGAGGAAUUUAGCGAACGAAGCUGCCCAGCACCCGGCGACGGUUCUGACGGUCACCGAGAAGGAGCCGAACACGAAGAGGACCAGCUACGGCGGCAGCGGAUUACUGACCAGACACGCGGUGAGCCUUGCUCAGCUGCCGCCUCCGAUCGAGGCGGACGCCGAGGAGCAGAGCAACGAUCUGUUCGUGCCACCGCCGCCGGAGUUCAACGCCGGCACCUCAGCCGGCAACCCGGACGAGAUGGUGUUCGCGCCCCCGCCCCAGUUCUGCGACAACAAGCAACAAUCGCCGCAGCCGCCGCAGCAGCAGCAGCAGCAGCAGCAGCAACAGAACCGCGUGAAGAUCAUCGGCGCGAUACCGAAAGUUACCAACAACCAAGUGAAAGCUUCCGGCGGACGGUUGCACAACCAGUGAACGAUCUCGGGGUGAACUGCGUCACCGGGACACGAUAUUUCGAAAUCCGCGCGAUCGUCGAUCGCCCAGAGUCAAUUUAAUCUCUCUUCGUAUUUAACCGACCCCUCCAGCCGAGAUCGUCGCGCGAUCCGGACACGACGGGUUCCCGUCUCGUCGCGUUUGGGAUUCGAUCGGAAGACUCGGUCGCCACGGUGACGGGAACCUGGCCGCCCACACGGAACACGCGCGCGUGAACAGCGUGCUCGCGUCUUUGAAUUCUUGUCUUUCGAAGCGUUCAAGGUGGCAGCGAGAAAUUCGCUUAGAAGUCAGGGUAUCCGCGAACAUCCGACAGAGGUUCGUUUUUGUGUUGUUAAUUGAUCGGCUUGCAAUUUAUUUCAACUCUGAGCUCGCGAGGAGAAGCUAUGCGUUCGUUGUAGACACGAUUCAGGGCGUAGAUGAUGAAAUCAAUGAUACGAGAGGAAUUCCUCCGUAAACCGUUAGCCACUCGUAGAACGUAACUUCCGCGCAAACAUUUUUUCGCACCUUCAACAGUCCGAGAGACAAUGGUUCACGGUCGAACGCGGACGCGCUGCGCACACGCGUGCACGGACACACGCAGACACACAGAUACACGUGCA